AUGAGUGUUCAAAUUAUUAACGAAAUUAUCAAUAAAGAGGAAAUCGAAAAGGCACCUGUUAUGCCACUUGUAGAUCUUCAAGAUGUACCAGAGUUAGAUAGUGAAGAGAAACACAAGAAUAAGGAAUUUCAACCAUUUGCACAAACAGAUAAAUUAAAGGUAAAGAAACAACAAUCACCAAAGAAUAGAAAGAAGAAAGCUAGAUUGAUUGAAAAGGCUAUCAAUAGAAAAGAAAAGGUUGAGAUUGUUGUUGAAAAGAAGUUAAAGAAAGCUUUGGUCAAGAAGAGAUGGAAUGCUUUGUAUUAA